CCGCCACCUCAGUCUCCUAGUCCUCCCCAUGAUUUCUCUGCUGCAUGAGUUUCGCCUGCGGAAUUUGAAGGAAGGCCUGCAGGCCAUUGAAGAGGAUCAAAGAAUGUAUACGCUUGAGGAAGAGGACAUGGAGGCCCAGAAUGUGGUAUUGAAACCUGAUAGAACAAGGAAAGAUGCAGAGAUAUUAGAUAAGUCAUUGUCUCCAAAAUAUCCUAACUUGACUUUCAGUGAGGCACUUCAGGAGGAGAAGGAGAAGCUGAACAUUGAAUUGCAGCGGUCAAGAACGAUUAACGACGACCCCGAUCAAUGCAGAGUGAUUGAACAUCUUAUUGAUGUAGCCGAAAAUGUGGUCAGUGGUGUGCUGCCUGGGAGGAAAGUUGAGAAGCUUCUUGUCAAUGAACCAAGUUAUGUGGUAUCAGGGUACAUAACCAAUGCCAAAUCCAUCUAUGGAGACCAUGGCUUACGGCCAGAGAAUGAAGGGUGGUUCGGGUGGCAGGCUGAUCUUUUCGGUUGUUGCAGCGAGCCUUGUCUAAGCCUGAAGACCUGCGUCUACCCUUGUGGAACAUUUUCAUGGAUAGCCAAUGUGGUGUCAAAAGGAAAAACAUCUCGUGAACAAGCAACCAAUGACCUUAUAGCAUGCUCUGUUUUUGGUGGCUGUUGCUGUUACACUUGUUUUGUGAGAAGGAAAUUGCGGCAACUUUUUAGCAUAGAAGGAAGUUCUUGUGAUGACUUCUUCACUCACCUCAUGUGCUGCUGCUGUGCCAUGGUUCAGGAACGACGAGAACUUGAACUCAGAAACUUCGAAGGUUGCCGAGGAACAAAUAUGAUCGUCCCACCAUCAUUACAAUGCAUGAAUGCAUGAAGCCUUGGGUGCCUUGUACUACGUCUUAGAUGUAUGUAAAUCAAUUUAUGAUUCCAAUCCAACAAAUUGGCAUGAAUAUCCUGUUACA